GGGGUGGAAUUUCCCGUCAACUCAUUGUAGUAUAACCUGGAGUAUAACUACAUUUUAUUAGCAUGUGAGAACGUUGGCUUCAACCUGAGGAAUGAGCCAGCCAUGGAUUACUCUGAUAGCCCUUGUGUUAUUCUCACCGCUCCUUCUCAGCUCAGAAGUACCUGACAUUCAGGUUCAUGGACUUGUAAAUAGAACCAUCAGGCUCAUGCACCAUUUUGGCACCAACUCUGAAACCCAAUGCACCGUGCGGUGGACAAAGCGAGGACAAACAAUGGAAGUGGCUGAAUACAGAAGCAAUAGAUUUACAUUAAGCAAUCAAUUCUUCCAGAACCGAAUAAACUUCAGUAAAUCUGAAUUAAGGAUCUAUAACCUGAGGACGGAGGAUAGCGGACACUAUAUUAUAUCCUGCAGGUCUUCCUCCAAAGCUCCAAUAAAGGAGAAAAAGUACAUGCUUGCUAUUCAUGAACCUUUACCUACUCCAACCAUCAAUAAAACCCCAAGGGAAUGUAAUGCUACUGGAUGUAAUAUCACCCUUCAGUGUCUCAUCCCAAAUACCUCACCAGAAGUGUCUUGCCAUUGGGAGAUCCUACAAGAAGUCUCCAUGAACAAUCGCGCCUUUAAUGAAUGUACCAUCCAGGUGCUGUUGGCAUUCUCUUCAUUGGACACAGAGUAUGUCUGCUUCAUAAACAACCCUGCCGAUCAGAAAGUUGUCUCAGUCAGUGCCUGGCAGUUGUGUUCUGUGUCAGGCCUGAUUAUGAUUCAGUGUUUGAACUGGAGAUGGUGGCUAUUAAUUGUACUGGGAAUUAGUUUGACAGUUCUUUUUGCAGUGGUUCUUGUGAAAUACAAACUGUAUAAAAGGCCCUGCAAGGAGAAGAAAGAAAAUAGAGAGAAAUCCAAUAUUCCAUUAAAUGAUCAAAAUAAGAACAAUAAAGAUGGGUCAAAACAAGACAGACAGGGGGGAAAUAUAUCAGUAGAACCAAAAGCCGGACUUAUAAAAAGACUAAAAAAAAGGAUAUCAAGCCGAAGGAAGAAAAGACAAAAGAAAUAUGCAGAUGGACCCGGGACUGGCCAGUAAUUACAAACAUGGGAAUAUUUGUACAUAAAUUUCUUCUUUUUUUUUUUUACACAAAUUUCUCACUAUUUUUUUGGAAAAGAGAAAUACAUUUUCUGUUGCUUACUCACAUGAAAACAUUUCUAAGCAGCUAAUUUCUAAACAGGAUGAUAUCCAGGGGUGCUGGUAGGCCUGAAAUUGUGGGACAUGUGUCCCAGAUAAUUGGCCCAGUUCAAUGGGUCUCACAAAUCACUUGAAAUUAAAUUUAUUUGUUACUGUAUGCUGUAUGUAUAUACACUCGACUGCCAAUGUAGCAUCUCUCGCAUGCAGGUUAUUAGUCCUAUUUUUAAUGCACACCGCUAGCUACAGGUCUGUGGACUAAUUUGUCUGAGAAGGUACCAAUGGCACACACAGGGAGCAUAGGGCAGGCAGAGUAUGACCCACAUAGGGAGCAUACGGCAGGCUAAGUAUGGCACACAGCGAGCAUAGGGCAGGCAGAUUAUGGCACACACAGGGAGCAUAGGACAGGAAGAGUAUGACACACAUAGGGAGCAUAGGGCAGGCAGAGUAUGACACACAUAGGGAGCAUAGGGCAGGCUAA